AUGGGGGAGGAAGAAACGGACAGAGAGGAAAAGAAGGGGGAGGAAGAGACUCGGGAAGAGGAAAUGGAGACAUGGACUUCAAAGUUUUCUUUGGUGAAAAAAUUGCAAAGGAGACAUAAAAUGGAAGACCAACAUAGUAUGUUCCGACAAGAAGACGGAAAUGUAUCAGUUGCUUCAUCGGAAGACGUUUCCUCAAGCAGCACAGCAGGUCUGUUUGGAAGAGUCGACAUCUAUGGUCAACAUAAAGUCGGGAAAGAAACCUUGAUAUCGCAUAUACUGUCAAAGAGUUCUGAUGUUUUAUUGGAUGACCUAGGUUAUUUCAAUGUCAGUUUAAAGAAUGAUGUUCUUCAAUUAAAAAACAUGGAUCAACACUUAAACAAGGUAAGAGCAUUACAUUAUACUCAAUAUGGUUUCAGAAUUUCUUACUUGCUUUCAUUUCAGUCACCUAAAGAUCCUAAUGACAAAGUUUCAGCAAUUCAAGAUCCGGAUGUGUGUGUGGUAAUGUUUUCACUUCUCGACAGGACUUCAUUUCUCUAUGCCAAAAGGAAGGUACAGGAUUUGAAACGUUGUUGCAAUGAAAACGUUUCAAUUUUUCUCGUGGGAAACAAAUCGGAUGCCAUCCAGAAUCGAAGAGUCACUCGUACAGAAGCUUUCCAUGUUGCAAGAAUUUUUGGCUGUCGGUACCUAGAGACUUCUGUUAUCAGCCACAGAGAGGCCAGAUUUGUUUUACGUGAAUUAAUGGCCCUUAUUCCACUCCAAAGUAGAAAAUCGACAACAAUUUUUGGCAGCAUACAGAAAUGUGUUUUCAAGCGCUUUUUUGCCUCGACGUCCUGAAAGUAGAAUUUUCAAAACAUUAAAACUUGUGUUAAAAGAAUAUUUAAUGAUUAUCUGUAAAAUGUGAAUUUUUACAUAUACUACCUUUAUGACUGAAUGUAAUAUGAUAUGAAUUAACAACUAAACUUUAUGACAAACCUUGA